AGCUGUGCGUUGCAGACUGGCAGCCCGCAAAAACGUGAAAACUUGAUGAACAGUUGCAUACGCCAGGAUGUUUUUUUCUUCCCUAUUAAUCAUCCACGAAGUAACACGGAAGUGCUGCUCUAAUUAGAUGAAUUUCUUCAUCAUGGAAUUAUCAAGGGAACGGGAAACCUUACACGAUGUUUCAACGGUUUGUUCGUGAUUGGCACUGCAAUAUUUCUGACGCGGGGUCUUUGCUCUUGGAAUCUGCUAGUCUCUUGAUCUGAUCUCCCUCUAAUUGCGCGGAUUUUUUACUUCCCGAAACCUAAUCAGGGAAUUUAUAAUUUCGUUGGGAAGCGCGGAAACCUCACUCCUCGCUGAUAUCUGAUAUCCCCCUCCUUUGCCCGGUUAUCGUCCUCCUCUCCUCCCAUGCUCUUGCCCCGCACCCCCGAAGAGUGGCAGCCGCUGAGAAUGGCGCAGUUCCUCAACGGACACUUGGAGAACGUGGGGAAGGUGGUGAAGAAGAAGCUGAAGAAGGCGCUGGCCUUCAAGGAUCUCGAGCGGGAGGACAGUUUCGUCUGGCCGCCCCGGGAGGGCGGGGAGGGGGAGACGGUGGUGACGCCCUUCUCCUACCACUACCAGCCCUCCGUCGCCGACUUCUUCAUCAUGGCCGCCAUGCUGCCCAUCCUGCCGCUGCGCAUGCUGCUGGCCGGGAUCGCCAUUUUAGUCGCCUGGUUGGCGGCCAAAGCGGCGCUCUACAAUAUGCCGCCCCAAGUGGCCAACGCGGCGCCCUUCACCGGCUGGCGUCACGGCUGCCGCGUGAUCAUCCUGGCCUGUGCGCGCCUGCUGUUCUUCGCCUGCGCCAUCCAGCGGAUUGAGUACGUCGGGGAGACCAAGUUCCAGGAAUCGGCGGUGGCGCCGGUGCUCAUCUGUGCGCCGCACGUGUCCUACCUGGACGCCUUCAUCUCGGGGGUCAUGUCCAUCAUGCCGGUGAUGAAGGCGCAGGCGGCCAAGGCGCCCUUCUUUGGACCGUUUCUCACCGCGCUGCAGCCUAUCUAUGUCGAUCGGGAGAUUCGCGAAAGCCGCACCAAUACCAAAGACACGCUAAUCAAGCGCUGCUCGGACGAGAAGGGCGUCUGGCCGCCGGUCCUCAUCUUCCCCGAGGGCACCACCUCCAACGGGCAGUGCCUGUUCAAAUUCAAACUGGGCGCCUUCUACCCCGGCCAGCCCAUCCAGAUGACCAGCAUCGAGUACCGCAGCUGCAUGUCCACCUGGAAUCCCCUGAUCAUGGCCUGGGACCCCGCUGUCCCCGUGUGGGUCAGCAUCCUCUACCUCUUCCUGCAGCCCCACAUCACGGCGCGCAUCCACAUCCAGCCGGUGUACCAUCCCAGCCCCGAGGAGCGCGAGGAUCCGCAGUUGUUCGCCCACAAUGUGCAGAAGCAGAUGAGUGAGUACCUGGACAUCCCCGCCACGGAUUUCACCUACGAGAAUGUGCGGGAGUUUUUACGGGCGCGCCGGGCGGCCAAACGGAAGAGCACGUAGAUCGUGGUGGUGUUGGCGUUGUUUUGUUGUGUUAUUAAUUCGGUUUUCUUGUGGCGGUUAUGUUUGAUUGGGGUCGGUUGUUCUUGUCGAUUCAUCAUGUUCCUGUGGAUGGGGAUGGCAGUCAGCGGCGUUUAUUCUGGCAUUUUUUGUUCUGAAUAUUACUAUACAUUUCAAUAAAUAUCUCCAAUAAUAAAUUUGCGAGCGGUA